AUGACGGACGGCUUCGAGGACUGGCAGCCCUACUACUAUGAACCGUCAAUGGCGGCGGCUGUCAUUUUUAUCAUCUUAUUUGGCAUUUUGACUGCUCUGCAUACGUAUCACCUUUAUCAAACGCGAACAUGGUUCUUUGUUCCCCUAACCCUCGGUGGCUACUUCGAGGUCGUAGGAUAUAUUGGUCGCGCGAUCUCAUCGUCAGAGUCUCCACACUGGGCACUUAGUCCUUAUAUUAUGCAGAGCGUGCUAUUGCCCGUUGCUCCUGCCUUGUAUGCCGCAAGCAUCUACAUGUACCUCGGUCGGGUGAUUGUGCUUGUACGCGGUGAGAAGUUCUCGCUGCUCCACGUCAGCUGGAUGACCAAGAUCUUUGUGGCUGGGGAUGUCCUCAGCUUCAUAAUGCAAUCAUCUGGAGCGGGUAUUAUUGCAAAAGGCGAAUUGCGAACAGGAGAGGAUAUUAUUGUCGGCGGUCUCUUUGUCCAGGUUAUCUUCUUUGGAUUUUUCGUCCUCUGCGCUGUUGUCUUUCAACGCCGGCUUGAUGAUAACCUCGCCAGGUUGGGAGUGACGAGCUCCAUGCCUUGGAAGAAACACCUCUGGGCGUUGUAUGCAUCGAGCGCAUUGAUCCUUGUUCGGUCCGUUUUCCGCAUCGUCGAGUAUCUGCAGGGGUACUACGGUUCCUUGUUGCAGACUGAGGUGUAUAUAUACAUGUUUGAUGCGGUUCUGAUGUGGCUGGUUCUUGUGAUCUUCAUGAUUGUUCACCCAAGUGAGGUUCACUGUCUUCUCGGUCGCGGGCGAGUCAUGACAACCAAAGGAGGCCUAAGCAUCACUGAAGUUCUACUGUGA